UAUUUCUAUCAAGUUUUAAUUUUUUUCAGAAAUAUGUUGAAAAGAUUGGAAAAGGGAAUCUCAGAGUUGAUCCAAGUUCAUAGAGAGCAUCUAGAGAUAUGGAGAUCUUCGGAGAAGGAAUUGGAAAGGUUGGAGGCCGGAUACAAAAACCAUAGAGAUCAAAGGGAGCUGUUUAUAAAGAUGGAUAUCUCGAAAACGGAGUUAGGAAUCAUGUUUCCAAACACCAAAGAGAAACUCAUCUCUAAACUAGAGAUCAAGAUCUCAGAUCUAGACUCCAGACUCCGAGAUAAACUGGAGAUUAUGGAAACCCAGAAGAACACAGUUCUGAGGUUAGCUGCGGAGUGUGCUCAAGCUGCCGAGGGGGUGGAGUUUAGUGAAAUGAUGGGAAUCAAGAAUAUUCAGUUAGAAACUGGUUUUCUAGUUGAGUUCUGCUUUGACCUAGAGCAGACCUAUCUCAAUACUAUCAACCAUAUGCUUCAUUUUCUAUCCAUCAAUAGUACAGCUGACAAGUUCUUUGAUAUUUCACAUUUUGAAAAUGUUUUAAGUGAUUAUUAUUUGUUAUGAUUGUUUCAGAAAGAAUGGAGUGGUUGUUUGGCAGGAAGUUGACCCCGGAUGAGAUGCUGAGGAAGAAUCAGCGAGCUCUCACAAAAGCGAUGAGAGAGUUGGAUAGAGAAAGAGCAAAGAUGGAACAACAAGAGAAGAAAAUUAUUGCAGACAUUAAAAAAAUGGCAAAACAAGGGCAGAUGGAUUCAGUGAAGAUCAUGGCCAAGGAUCUGGUUCGAACCAGGAGAUAUGUUAAGAAGUUUAUGCUCAUGAAGGCUAACAUUCAGGCAGUCUCAUUGAAGAUACAGACACUCAAGUCACAGAACGCCAUGGCACAGGCUAUGAAGGGCGUAACUAGAGCUAUGAUGAGCAUGAACAGGCAGAUGAAGCUCCCUGAGAUACAGAAGAUAAUGCAGGAGUUUGAGAAGCAGUCCGAGAUAAUGGACAUGAAAGAAGAAAUGAUGAAUGAUGUUAUCGAUGACGCAAUGGGAGAUGAUGACGAGGAGGAAGAGAGUGACGCAAUAGUUACGCAGGUUCUUGACGAGCUAGGUCUCCAGUUGACCGAUCAGCUGACUGCUGUUCCUAUUGCUGGUGGUAGUAUUGCAGCUCCUGGAGCCAAAGGCAAAACAGCUGUUCCUGCCGGAGCAGAGGCGGAUGCCGAUGCAGAUUUACAGGCUCGCUUGGAUAAUCUUCGGAGAGAAUAGAACUAGAGAUAUUUUGUAGUUUCAAAUAUUUGGAUUUUCUUCAGGGAGAAAAAUAUUUUCAGUAUCGCUAAUUUUGACACUUAUCAUUGCUCUUUUUAUAUUGAGAUCAUGAACUCGAUUUGGUCGAAAAUACAGAAAAUGUUGCCUCCUCUAUAGAGCUUGAACCUGCUCGUAUAGAAAAUUAUCUCCCAAACUAAAGAGAAGUUCAAGGAAACACUUUAAUAUUAUCUCAAAAUGUUUAUGAUAAUGAGUAUUUAGUAAACAUUAAUAUCUAUAUUAUUCCCCAGUUUAUAUUGUUCAUCGCUUAAUUUUUCUAUCCAUAGGUCCAAACAAAGCAAUGAAGAAGUGCUAAUUUUGAGCAUCUAAAACUGAGUAAUUAUUUAAUUUGAGUUUCUUAAUCGCUAUAAUUGAGAUUGUUGAGUACAUUUAUUUGUUCUUGCUCUAAACUUUACUAAAUACACUUAAACUUAAGGUAUUUUAAUUCUUUGAUUUCAUAAUGAUGAGAUGUUUUUUUUUUA